AUGGAUGGAUGGAUGGAUGGAUGGAUGGAUGGAUGGAUGGAUGGAUGGAUGGAUGGAUGGAUGGAUGGAUGGAUGGAUGGAUGGAUGGAUGGAUGGAUGGAUGGAUGGAUGGAUGCGAGAUUGAUCGAUAAAUGUUUGUCACCGUACCAUGGUGCAGAAAACACAUUUUUAAUCGCUCAGAAAAAAAAAAAACAAAUAAAAUGCUGCCUAAAUAAUACGUGUAUUAUUGCAUUGCAUUUAUAG